UACCAUUUCUUUGGUCUACCCUUAAUUCCCACAUUUAGAUUAUGGUCAGAUCAUUUUCCUCAAUUUUGGUAGCAGACCAAAAUUUUAGACUUUAAUGCCGUUCAUCCUGCUUUGCUCAACAAUAAAAUCUUGCCUAAAGGACGAGUACUAUUUAAUAAAGGGAGGGAGGGCCUAAAAUAUUCAUAUAACCCUUUCAAUGAGAAUUAUGGAGUUUGGGAGCCAGGUUAGCACUUACAUUUCCCUCAGGCAAUAAUAGUUAAUAAAUCCACAACUCUCCAUUUAGAUCAUUUGGUUUAUGGAAUGACAGAAGUUGGUAAAUGUUUUAGGUCGUAUCCCAGGGUCCCUUCCUCUCGUUGCCCAAGUUUCCGGCAGCAACCGUGUUAAGGGGCCUUAAUUUAAUGCUUAAUCGAAUCCUCCAGUACUGAGGGAGAAAAGCAGAGAAGUUUUGGUGAGGAGCGUUAUCUGAAAGAUAUUUUUGUAGAGGCGUUUGAGAAAUGCUGGUCACCUGGAGUAGGGGGCUGCACCAUAUUUGUAAGUUCCGUUUUAAUUUCCCUUGAAAAUCACGAUGUGGGCGGAGGCAAGCGCCUGGAUGUGUGGAGGGGCACCGCAGCCCUCCCCAUCAAGGGAACCGUCGUGGUCUGGAUGCCCCUUUCCCCGCCCACCCAUCAGUUCUGGCCGCGCAUGCGCUGAGCCAGCGGGCCGGAGAGUUGUCGGCUGGGAAAUGGCGGCCGCGGGCUUGGUCGCUGUGACCACGGCUGCAGAGUACUCUGGCCCAGUAGCGUCGGGAGGUAACCUCUCCGGUGUUAACUGCGGCCCAAGCUCCGGGGCAGGCGCUGGUCCUGGCCCGGGCUCAUGGAGUCGCUCCCUCGAUCGAGCGCUGGAGGAGGCGGCGGUAACCGGGGUGCUGAGCCUGAGCGGCCGGAAACUGAGGGAGUUUCCCCGGGGAGCGGCCAACCACGACCUGACGGACACCACUCGGGCGGAUCUGUCACGAAAUCGCCUUUCAGAAAUUCCCAUUGAAGCAUGUCACUUCGUUUCUCUUGAGAAUCUCAAUUUAUACCAAAAUUGUAUUCGGUAUAUACCAGAGGCGAUUCUAAACCUACAAGCUCUGACGUACUUGAAUAUUAGUCGGAACCAGCUGUCAACAUUGCCAGUACACUUGUGUAAUUUACCAUUGAAAGUCUUAAUUGCCAGUAAUAACAAAUUAGUUUCACUCCCAGAAGAAAUUGGACAUCUCAGACAUUUAACGGAACUUGAUGUGAGCUGCAACGAAAUUCAAACAGUACCUUCCCAAAUUGGUAAUUUGGAAGCUUUGAGAGACCUUAAUGUAAGGAGAAAUCACUUAGUACGUUUGCCUGAAGAGCUGGCAGAGUUGCCUUUGAUACGGUUAGACUUCUCCUGCAAUAAAAUCACGACGAUCCCCGUUUGUUAUCGGAACCUCAGGCACCUACAGAUCAUCACCCUUGAUAACAAUCCACUACAGUCUCCUCCCGCACAGAUAUGUAUAAAAGGCAAAAUCCACAUAUUUAAAUACCUGAACAUACAAGCUUGUAAGAUUGCUCCAGAUCUGCCAGAUUAUGAUAGGAGACCCUUGGGUUUUGGCUCCUGCCAUGAAGAACUGUACUCAGGUCGCCCUUAUGGAGCCCUUGAUUCAGGUUUCAAUAGCGUGGACAGUGGUGAUAAGAGAUGGUCAGGGAAUGAACCUACAGAUGAGUUUUCAGAUCUGCCUCUUCGAGUAGCAGAAAUUACUAAAGAACAAAGACUACGAAGAGAAAGCCAGUACCAAGAGAAUCGUGGCAGUUUAGUAGUAACAAAUGGUGGAGUGGAACAUGAUCUGGAUCAGAUUGACUACAUUGACAGCUGUACUGCAGAGGAAGAAGAGGACGAGGUGAGACAGCCCAAGGGCCUGGACUCAGACAGCCUCAGUUCACAGUUUAUGGCAUAUAUUGAACAACGACGAAUCUCUCAUGAGGGUUCACCAAUAAAGCCAGUACCCAUGAGGGAGUUUCAAAAAACAGAAGACAUGAGAAGAUAUUUACAUCAAAACAGGGUUCCAGUUGAGCCAUCUUCUCUCCCGGCACUAUCACCAAGUCAUAGUCAGUUGUCACAUACAGACUUGGAACUUCAUCGGAGAAGAGAACAGUUAGUGGAGCGCACCCGGAGAGAGGCACAGCUUGCUGCUCUACAGUAUGAGGAGGAGAAAAUAAGGACCAAGCAGAUUCAGAGAGAUGCUGUCCUGGACUUUGUCAAGCAAAAAGUAUCACAAAGUCCACAAAAGCAACCACCCCUCUUAGACGGUGAGUGUCCCUUCCCAUCCAGAAGGUCUCAGCACACUGAUGAUAGUGCCUUGUUAGUGUCGCUGUCUGGGUUGAGUCACGUGGGCUGUGCUGCUCCCCUGCCCCAUUCUUCUGCCUUCACGCCUCUCAAGAAUGAUGACAGAUCUAAGGCCGCAUCAAGUUCACCCACAACAGAAACAGUUCAUCAUUCCCCUGCAUAUUCUUUUCCUGCUGCUGUCCAGAGAAACCAGCCCCAGCGCCCUGAAAGCUUCCUCUUCCGAGCAGGUGUGAGGGCAGAACCAAAUAAAGGUCAUGCUUCAUCCCUUCUUUUAUCUUCUGCACCUACCACUGAUUCUGCAGAUCCCAUGAUAAGACAGAAUUCAAGACAGAGAGAAGAAGAGCUGGAAUUAAUAGAUCAACUACGGAAACAUAUUGAGUACCGGUUGAAAGUAUCUCUGCCUUGUGAUCUGGGAGCAGCUCUAACUGAUGGUGUCGUUCUUUGCCAUUUGGCCAAUCAUGUGCGGCCUCGAUCUGUCCCAAGCAUUCACGUUCCCUCACCAGCUGUGCCCAAACUAACAAUGGCAAAAUGCAGGCGAAAUGUGGAGAAUUUCCUAGAAGCUUGCAGAAAAAUUGGUGUACCUCAGGACAAUCUUUGUUCCCCUUCUGACAUCCUUCAGCUAAACCUCAGCGUUAAAAGAACUGUUGAAACACUACUUUCUCUUGGGGCACAUUCAGAAGAAUCCAGUUUUGUCUCUCUGUCUAUCCAGCUUUUGGGUUUUGUGGCGUUUUAUUGUACUUUAAUGUUAACUCUCUGUAUGCUUUAUUACUGGGUCUUUCCCCUCUAGGUGAAAGAUUGCAUUCCAGUGAUUUUCCACCUCAUUCCUAUGCUUGGUAAAGGAGGUUUGUUUCUCAUUCAGAAUUAUUUAUGAGCUUUUUUUUUUCCUGGCCAUCAAAGAACUAACCAAUAAAGUAGAUAAAUCCUUUCCUCAGAUGUUCAGCUGAGCAGCCCACCACAUUAGUAAGCAUUUAUGAUUGCUAACAAAGAGUGAAGACCAGCAUUUUUUCUCCUGGUCAUUGGUCCAUCCUCUUGGCCUGUGGCCUUGUUUCUCUUAUCAUAAAUGCUAAAGUGUUUCUACUAAUACAGUCCUGAGCCUGUUCUUAGAAUAUGACUUUAGAACUUUAUUUCCAAAUGAGCUAAUAAAAUUCCCAUCUGGCCAUUUUCCAUUGCCUCAACACAACUUAUGUGUUGAAAUUGUGAGAAGUGUUAAAAUUGUGAGUUGCUGAACCUUUUCAACAGCUGCUCAUAAGGAAAUAGUUGUACCCUUUCUGGUUUGGGGGCACCUGGUCCCGUAGAACUCUGCACUGAGCUGUGCCCUGAAA